AUGCUUACCUUACUGCGCGGUGGCACAGAGGGCUUCCUCAUCGGUCAAGACGACAGAGGGCAAACUUCAACGUUGAUCGGCAUUCUCCUUGUGCCUCCAGGCCAGGCCUACAAGCAGUGCAGUCGAGCGGGGACGUGGUACGUGGGGCCGGGGGGCUCUGAGUGGAGUAACUACAGCACCUGCAGCACACUCGCCGUGCUGCAGACCCGAGUGAAGGUACAUCUCGCAGCGCACGUGGUCUCCGUCGCCGCGCUCAUCCCCGCCAUCGUUAUCUUUUUCCUCUACAAACAGCUGCGUGUGCCUCGUGUCGUCCUGCACAGGAACCUCUUCCUGAGCCUUCUGCUCAACUCCAGCGUGGUCGCGGCCUUCCUCGCCGUGGUCAUGCUGCGGGAUGACCGCCACUCCCGCAUCCAGAGCAAUUCCCUAGGCUGCGUUGCUUUACUGCUUCUAACAAAAUUUGCCGCUGGCAAGCUACAUGUGGAUGUUCUGCGAAGCCUUUUAUUUGCACAAGCUUGUGGCUUCGGCCUUCGCUGA